AUGUCCAAGAGAAGCGCCGAAUCUGUGGAGCAGUCUGCUCUCAAGGCAGGCGAGCGACCAAUCGCCGAGGUCCCCAUGGACGAAGCGGGGGAGUUUGAAGACGAGUUCGAGGACGAGUUCGAGAGUGAAGAUGAGAUCCUCGAGGCUGGUGUCGAUGGUCGCCCUGAUGCCGAGCGUGAGGAGGAGGAGAAGGAAGCUAUGGAGGUUGACAAGGAAACUUUCAUUCCUGGACGCACAAAACUGGCACCCGGAGAGACGCUAUCGCCCGAUCCUUCCACCUACGAUAUGCUUCACACAUUGAGCACGCCAUGGCCAUGCCUUUCCUUCGACAUUGUGCGCGACUCGCUUGGUGACAACCGCAAGACCUACCCUGGCACUGUCUACGCCGUCACUGGUACCCAAGCCGAAGGAUCCAAGGCCAAGGAUAACGAAUUGAUGGUCAUUAAGAUGAGCGGUCUUAGCAAAAUGGAGAAAGAAGCCGAGUCAGACAGCGACUCGGACGACGACGACAUGGGCGAGCCCAUUCUCGAGCACAAGUCCAUCCCGCUUGGCUCAACAACAAACCGCAUUCGCACCCACCAGACCCCCUCCCAGUCCGGUGAUUACUCCAAGCCCCCACAGACCCUUACCGCGACUUGGCUCGAGAACUCCCAAGUCGUCAUCCACGACGUUACCGCCCACCUUUCCAGCUUCGAUGUCCCCGGUUAUGCGCUCGAUUGGUCCCCGCUCCAGCCACUUGGAAAGCUGUUGACCGGUGACAAUGACGGUCUGAUCUACGCUACCACCCGCACCGAAGGCGGCGGCUGGGUUACCGACACCCGACCCUUCACUGGCCACGCCUCUUCGAUCGAGGAAUUGCAAUGGUCUCCCAACGAGCGCAACGUGUUUGCGUCUGCAAGCAGUGACGGAAGUGUCAAGGUGUGGGAUGUGCGAUCCAAGUCGCGCAAGCCCGCCGUGGACGUUCAGGUCUCCAACACUGAUGUCAACGUCAUGAGCUGGUCCAACCAGACCGCUCACCUUUUGGCAACAGGUGCCGAUGACGGACAGUGGGCCGUCUGGGAUCUGCGUCACUGGAAGCCCAAUGCCGCCGCACCCUCUGCCCAGAUCACCUCCUCCCCCGUCGCAUCGUUCGACUUCCACAAGGAGCCCGUCACCAGUAUUGAAUGGCACCCGACCGAUGACAGUGUUGUUGCCGUUGGCUCCGCAGACAACACCGUCACUCUCUGGGAUCUGGCCGUCGAGCUGGAUGACGAGGAGAGCCGCGCUGCCAGCAUGGCGGAUAUUCCCUCCCAAUUGCUCUUCGUGCACUACAUGGAGUCCGUUAAGGAGCUCCACUGGCAGGCACAAAUGCCCGGUACGCUCAUGGCUACCGGUAGCAACGGAUUCAGUGUUUUCAAGACCAUCAGUGUCUAG